AUGGAAGCCACGGAGUUAGUUGAGAACAAGCCUACCGCCCGUCCAUUUCAAUGUGGUUGGCAAUCCUGCACAAAGAGCUUCAAGCGUAAGAGUGAUCUCCAAAGACAUUAUCGAAUCCACACGAAUGAGCGACCGUACGCAUGCUCGAUCUCGGGAUGCGGAAAGACCUUUAUCCAGAAAAGUGCCCUGACCGUUCAUAUUCGAAUACAUACUGGAGAGAAGCCGCACCAAUGCGAACAUAAUAAUUGCGGAAAGCGUUUUUCUGAUUCCUCAAGUUUAACUCGUCAUCGACGUAUCCAUACGGGCGCACGUCCGUACAAGUGUACCUAUGAUGGUUGUUCUAGAAGGUAA